UUAGUCCUCUAGGUCUACACUGGAGAGCUGUUUAACAUUAAUGUGGGCCUAUUUACAAAUGCAUGUAUUAAUCAUGAAUAUUCUAUUCCUCAGCUCAUUGCCCCCAGUUCAGCCACUACAGCCUGUGUGCCAACGUCUGUUCCUUGCUGUGCCCUGGAGCGGCGGGGUCUGUGUGAGGAGGGGUGCCAAUGUGACCAAGGGUACCACUACAAUGGGCAGGCCUGCAUGCCAACAGGGCAGUGUGGCUGCUGUCAGGACGGGAGGAGGUUUUAGGCCACAGAGAGCAGGCUACUCCAGAACUGCAGUAUGAUCUGCACCUGUGGGGCUUCCCUGGUCUGUGAGCCAUUUGCUUACCCUGACCAGCAUGUCUGCACUGUCUCAAAUUAAGUCCUUGGCUGCCACAGCACAGAUGUGAUCUGUCCAGCGACCAGCUACUAUGAUGACUGUGGCUCAGCCUGUCCACACACCUGUGAGUCCAACUCCAAAAUGUACAUCCAGAUCUGUGUGCAGGGCUGCUUUUGUAAUUCCGGCUUCGUCCUGGGGGGUGUGUGCAUCCAGAGCAGUGUGGCUGUACUGAUCCCAGAGCAAACUACCACAGACUCAACACCACCUUCUGGACACCAGAAGACUGCUGUCAGCUCUGCCUCUGUGACCCAGCCACCAGGGAGAUCCGCUGCACCCCUGCCCAGUGCCCCACAGGUCACAUCUAGGGCAGCAGCCCUAGUGUGUGUUGACUCCAGCUUUGCCUCCUGCCCUGCCCUGCCUUGCACUGCUCCAGCCUGGCUACCCAGGAGGCUGCUCAGAGGGCUGCCAGUGCCCCACUGGAAAAGUCAUGGAUGGUGACCAGUGUGUGCAUCGCAUGCAGUGUGGCUGUGUCAUCAGGGAAAAUAUAUAAAGGAUGAGGAGCACCUCUACAUGAUGGGCUGUGCUGAGAAGUGCUGGUGUCACCCCCUGGGAUGGGUGGUGUGUGAGAUGACGGCCUGCAGCCCCGGGCAGCAGUGUAGCCUCCGAGACGGGGUUUGGGGGUGCUGCUGCGAGGCCUGGGUCUGUUCCCUCCAGGAUGGCUUCCAGCUGACCACCCUGAGCGGGCUUCAGCAGACCCUGGAGCCCCAGGCCCCCUACCUGCUGGUGUCCCUGUGUGACAUAGCUAGUGACACGUGGUUCAGAAUGGUGUCCUACCACGGGGCCUGUGGAAACUCCAGGCCUGUCAACGUGCUGCAUGUCUUGCUGAAUGGCAACAACUCUGUGACCCAGGAUGGCCAUGUGGAGACAAGCUGUCUUCAUCAGGGUAUAAUGGCCAUGUGGAGGUGAACAGACAGACCUUGUCCCUCCCCUACUCUCUGUCCUCCUCGUCCCUGUCCCUCAGUGUUCGGCGUCUCUGUGGUGACGGUGAAGCUGUCCCCGUGGUCUGCCGGGGAGCUGUGCGGUCUUUGUGGAAACCACAACAAAUUGCCCUCUGAGUAAGACCAGGCCACUGUCCUCGUUGACUUCCCUAGCUGCCAUGGGGACCAAACUACUGGAAGGUGUUGUGGCUCUAUUCCUCUGUGGUGGACAAUGAGUUGGUCAACCUGCCUAUAUACCUUAACAACGGUCAGGUAUCCAUCUACUGGAGUGGCUGGUACGCUGUGGUCACCACCAGCUUUGGCCUUAAGGUCUCCUUCGACUGGAACAGCGCUAUGUUUGUCACCCUGCCCUCCACCUACCAGGGUGCUGUCUGUGGCCUGUGUGGCAACUACAACACCCAGCCCCAAGAUGACCUUGUACCCAGAAACGAGGCCACCCCUGCCUGGCCAGAGGACUUCGGGGCCAGUUGGCACGUGGAGGAGAUCCCUGGCUGUGUCCAAGGCUGUAAGGGGCCUAUCCCAGCUGUGAAGUCACCCAGAAGAGGCCGUUUGAGACGGGGGAGUUCUGUGGGCUCCUGAGGGACCCCAAGGGGCCUUUCCGGGACUGCCUUGCCGCAGUGGACUCGGCGGGAUACUUUGAGGACUGUGUGUAUAACGUGUGUCUGUAUAAGGGCAGGAGGGAUGUGCUCUGUCAGACCAUCACAGCCUAUGCAUCAGCCUGUCAGGCAGCCAGGGUUAAGGUGUACAGCUGGAGGACUGCCCAGUUCUGGGGUGUGUGCUCCUGGCUGUCCUGCCACUUGCCAGAGCGUUUCCCCUACCCCAGGCUGCCUGGCACAGUGUAAGGAGGGCUGCUCCUCAGUGUUGACCAUUGUGUCCCCUUCACCCAGUGCGGCUGUGUCCAUGGCGACCGCUACUACAACACCGACCAGGUGUUCUAGCCCAACAGGAAGUGUGACGAGGAGUGCAAGUACACCCAGGAUGGACAGUCAUGUUACAGAAAAUAAAGUUACAGACUAUCUGAUCAUCCAUAAAUGGAAUGCAAGAAGUUCUCCUGAGGCCCCAACGAGAAGUGUGAAGUGGCGAACUGAGUCCUCAAGUGCCAUCCAGUGGGGAAAGGGGUGUGCCAUGAGUCCGGUGACCCCCAUUACUCGUCUUUCGAUGGGCUGGUGUAUGACUUCCAGGGCAUGUGUACCUACACUCUGGUCCUCAGGAAGAACAUGAUGGGAGUCCUGGUGAAUGGAGUGUUCAACCACCUGGCCCUGAGUCUGAGCGGCGGGGCAGUGCAGGUCUUCCAGGAGGGCUUUCGCUAUGCCAUCACUACAGGCUUGAGCCUGCAUGUCACCUAUGACCUUGUCUUCCACGUUACAGUCAUUGUGCCUGGAAACUACCGCGGCAACACCAACAGCCUCUCUGGCAAUUUCAAUGGUAACCGUGGCGAUGACUUCCUCCUGCCCUACUGCAAGCUGACAAAAGACGUCAACACCUUCGGGAAGUUGAGGAAAGUGGCGAUCCCGGGCAAGGUGUGUGACAACGGUUGCGCCCGGAACACCUGUCCCAAGUGUGACCCGGCACGGAGGGCCAUGUUUGAGAAACCCCUCUACUGCGGGGUCAUCACGGCACCCAAGGGCCCCUUCGCCACCUGCCAUAGCAAGCUGGACACCGAGCCCUACUUCAACAACUGCAUCUUUGACGUGUGUGCCUCGGAGGGUGAUGGAAAUGUCCUGUGUGACAGUGUGGCUGCCUACUCCUUCAACUGUCACAUGGCCGGGGUUGACAUCAAGAACUGGAGGACGGCGUCAUUCUGUCCCAUGAAGUGCCCAGCCAAUAGUCAAAAUGAGGGAGGUAGUGAACCUGCCUCUCAACCUGGGCCAGGGUCAGGUGAUUGACUCCCAGCUUGGCAACAUGGCCAUCCUGCAGACUUCGACCUGCAGGUCUCCUACGACUGGACUGGAAACUGGUCAUCCUACUUCCCAGCAGUUACUACGGCAACGUGUGCGGCCUGCGCGGCAACUUCAACGACAACCCCGGAGAUGAGCUGCAGGACCUGGCCAGUAAGGCAGUUAUGACGGUGGAGCAGUGGGCCAAUGUUUGGAGGGUGAGGGGCCUGGCCGAGGAUAAGUACACCCCCUGCUUUGACAGCUGCCAGGGGAAGGACUGUCUGACAUGUGACGUGACCCAGAGGAAGCAGUAUGAGUCAGAGGCCUUCUGCUGGGCCCUCACGGCCAAGACAGUGUUCCAGACCUGUCAUAAUAAACUGGACCCCCAGGCCUUCAUGGACAGCUGUGUGUAAGAUAUAUGUGUGAACAAGGGGGACAGGAGGAUGCUGUGCCAGGCCUUGGCCACUUAUGCCGAUCUGUGUCGGCAGGAGGGCGCUGUGGUCAAGGACUGGAGGACCAUGUUUGGCUGCUGUAAGUAACUGACAGGGAUAAAAAGGCUCAGAAUGAUCAAUAUUGUCUUUGCACAUUAGGAGACCAGCGUACUAAAUUAUGCACUUCAGCAUCACUGUGCUGAAAUAAUGUUUUUUUAAGUUUUCCUGCUUACCAAUCAGCCACGCCACUUGCACAGCUGCGGGUGACCCUUAUUACCAUACCUUGGAUGGGCGCCGAUUUGACUACCAGGGGACGUGUGUGUACCAGCUGAUGACGCUGUGCACCCAGACGCCGGGUCAAGGUGACGGUGCAGAAUGACCACCGCGGGAGCAAGACCGUGGCCUACACUAAGACUGUCAUCUUCACCAUCUACGGGGAUCUCUCUCACCAUCAGCAGGGACUACCCCUUCAGGGUCCUGUAGGAUGGACAGCUUUAGUCCCUGCCCUGUACCUGGAGGACUGUGUUUUUGAUGCAUGUUAUAAUCAUGGUUACCAGGGGUCGGUGUGCGACGUGGAACGGCCUACGCCUCUGCCUGUCAGAGCAAAGGGGAGGAGCGACGGCUUCUGUCGUGAGUUUGAGUUACUUUGUUACCUUACCAUCAUAUAUGCAGUUUAGCAUACAUUUUUAUCCAAAGCCAUGUCCCCCUCGCUAAAGAGGUUUCUAACCUCAAUGGUCUUUUCCUGGUUAAAUAAAGGUUAAAUGAAAAUAGUUACUUAGUCAAGCAAGCAUACAUUUUCCGUAUGGCUGGUCCCCGGAAUCUAACCCACAAUCCUGGUGUUGCAAGCACCAUGCUCCAACAACUGAGCCAUGAUGUCAUAACAUACAUUAACUGUUAACAUAUUGUAGUGUAUUAAGAUUAUGUCUUUGUUAAAUGUUUUUCAUGAAGAAAUGGAAUGUUGGUUAUGU